AUGACUUCUAUACCAUUCGUCAAAGGCUCAGAUUUUGAACACAAUAAAUUAGACAUAUUUCGCAAUAUCGUGUCCCAUGAGAUUGCAAAGUUAUCUGAAAAGUCGCCGGAAGAAGUUUAUAAUUUGUUAGAAACACCUAAAAAUUCAGAGCAUGGAGAUAUAGCAAUUGCCAUUCCAAGGCUACGAAUAAAGGGUAAUCCUGCCGAGAUUGCUCAGAGUUGGGUAGAAAAGUUUGUUCCGAAUGAAUAUGUGAUCUCUGCAACAGCCAUCGGUCAUUUUCUGAAUUUUAAAAUAUCACAUCCUCUUUUAGCCAAAAUUUUGCUUCAACAUAUAUACGAUGCAAAAGAGAAAUACGGUAGUAAUAACUCCGCUUCAGGGAAGACAGCGCUAAUUGAAUUCAGUAGUCCAAACAUCGCCAAACCAUUUCAUGCAGGACAUUUGCGCAGCACCAUAAUUGGUAAUUUUAUGGGAAAUGUGCUUGAAGCAAACGGAUGGAAGACAAUUAGGAUGAAUUAUUUGGGUGAUUGGGGAAAACAAUAUGGUCUCUUGGCUAUUGGUUUUGAGAAAUAUGGAUCAGAAGAGGAAUUGUUAAAAGAUCCGAUAAAGCAUCUUUACGAGGUCUAUGUCAAAAUAAAUAAAGAUGUGGAAACGGAUAAAGAUGUCGAUGAUAAAGCUCGUGCUUAUUUUAAAAACAUGGAAGAAGGCGAUCAAACAGCGAUAGCAUUGUGGGAUAAAUUUCGAAACUUGAGUAUCAAAAAAUACAAAGAAACUUACGCUCGUCUAAAUAUCAACUUUGACGUAUACUCUGGCGAAUCUCAAGUUAGUAAUAAAAGCAUGCUAGACGCAUUAGCGUUAUUAAAAGAGAAAAAUCUUACACAAGAAUCCCAAGGUGCUAUUAUUGUCGACUUAAAGAAAUACAAGUUGGAUGUAGCUGUUUUACAAAAAACCGACGGAACUACGUUAUAUAUUACAAGGGAUGUCGGUGCCGCUAUUGAGAGAUAUGAGAAGUACAAGUUUGAUGCCAUGUACUAUGUUGUGGCUUCGCAACAAGAUCUUCAUCUAAAACAACUAUUUAAAAUUCUUGAACUGAUGGGAUUUGAUUGGGUUGAUCGUUGUAAACAUAUUAAUUUUGGUAUGGUUCAAGGAAUGAGCACUCGAAAAGGUACUGCAGUGUUUUUGGAUGAUAUCUUGGAACAAACUAAAGAGGUUAUGCACGAGGUAAUGAAGCAGAACGAAAAAAAAUACGAACAAAUUGAGGACCCGGACAUGGUGGCUGAUGUAAUUGGUAUGUCCGCUGUCAUGAUCCAAGAUAUGUCUGCUAAGAGAAUUCGAAACUAUACCUUCAAUUGGACUCGUAUGUUUUCAUUUGAAGGUGAUACUGGUCCUUAUAUCCAAUAUGCACAUGCUCGACUCUGCUCAAUACAACGUAACUGCGGUCUAUCGAUCAAUCCAGAUGCCAAAAUUGAAUUACUCUCUGAAAAGCCGGCCUUGGAACUAAUUGACAUGAUUUCCCAAUACCCGGAUGUAGUAAAGAGUGCCCUAUAUACGCUUGAACCUUGUACAAUAGUGACAUAUGCUAUGAAAUUAAGUCAUACGGUCUCGGUAGCAUUAGAAACUUUAUGGGUGAUGGGAGCAGAGCGUGAAAUUGCGGAGGCUCGAUUAUUGAUGUAUUGGGCGUCUAGAAUAACCCUUGGCAAUUCAUUAAAAUUGUUAGGAUUAAAACCUUUGGAAAGAAUGUAA